AUGCUGUCCCUCAAGGCCGUGGCCUUUCUGCUGGUGGUGCAUGCAGCCACCAUGCUGGCUUCCCAGACGGAAGCCUACAUUCCCAUCUUCACCUACGGCGAAGUCCAGAGGAUGCAGGAAAAGGAGAGGUACGAAGGGCAAAAGAAAUCCCUGAGUGUACAGCAGAGGUCCGAGGAGGUGGGCCCUCUGGACCCCGCAGAGCCCUCGGAGGAAGAAGCAAAGGAAGUUAUCAAGCUGACUGCUCCCGUGGAAACUGGAAUGAGGAUGAACUCCAGGCAGCUGGGAAAGCACCGGGCCACCCUGGAAGGGCUGCUGCGUGAGGUGCUGCUGUCCAGCCAGAACGAGGACCACAAAUGA